AUGGGUGAUAAUAGGGAAGUCUUGACAUCUGUCGAAAAGCAACCAAACGUUUCUUACCCUGUAUUGACCCCUAAUUUGAAAGGUUUGGACGCGGCUGUAGCCGCUGGAGCUGAAGAGGUGGCUUUAUUUACAGGCGCGACAGAUACAUUCAACAUGAAGAACACAAAUUGUUCAACGGCUGAAUCAGUGAAGAGGGCCAAAGAAAUUUUAGAAAAAGCAUUGGAGCAAAAACUCAAAGUGAGAGGAUACCUUUCUUGCGUUUUAGGCUGUCCUUAUGAGGGUGCUGUUAAGCCUGAAAAGGUUGCAGAAUUAGCAAAGGAGUUAUAUGACGCAGGUUGUUAUGAAAUUAGUUUAGGGGAUACCAUUGGCGUUGGUACAGCAGGUUCUAUGGCCAAAUUGUUAGAUCACGUAUUAAAAGUCGUACCUAUCGAAGCAGUAGCAGUUCAUUGCCAUGAUACCUAUGGACAAGCUUUGGCCAACAUACUGAAAGCUUUGGAGUACGGCAUACGUGUAGUAGAUAGUUCUGUUGCUGGUUUAGGUGGUUGUCCUUAUGCACCUGGAGCAAAGGGUAAUGUAGCUACUGAGGAUGUUGUUUAUAUGCUGAACGGCAUGGGAUUCGAGACAGGUGUCGAUUUGAAUGCUCUUGUAGAAACAGGCGAAUGGAUUUCACAACAGCUAGGCAGACCCACUAGCUCAAGAGCCGGUGCAGCCUUAAUGGUUGCUAAAAAACGUCGUGACGAAUUAGCAAAAGCUGCACAGCUGGCAUCAAAUAAAGCAUCCAAGCUGUGA